AUGCUGGCAUCCGUCUCAAACCCACGUGAAGUUUUUCGAAGUGACGAGUUUCUCGUGCAGCUUGCUCAACCGACGAACGUCCGCUUUUCAUUAUACGAGCAUGCUCCGCUGACUGAACGGCAGGAGAAAUUCCAAGAAGCUAUCGCUCAACGAAAACUUGCCUUGGUUGAAUUGGAAAAUUAUAAGAAAUGUUCCGAGCGCUCAAUUAAACCUCACAAUGCAGAGGGUUUCUGCUUUCCUUUAUUAUUAGUUUAA